GGGAUCUUCCCGCGCCGAGGCGGAAAUUGUGCUGUGUUCUCUGCGUGCUUUCAGCUUUCUCGGGCUCUUUCCACGAUGGUGCGGAAGCUAAAGUUCCACGAGCAGAAGCUGCUGAAGCAGGUGGACUUCCUGAACUGGGAGGUCACCGACCACAACCUUCACGAGCUGCGCGUGCUGCGGCGGUACGGGCUCCAGCGGCGCGAGGAAUACACGCGCUACAACCAGCUGAGCCGCGCCGUGCGCGAGCUGGCGCGGCGCCUGCGCGACCUCCCCGAACGCGACCCGUUCCGCGUGCGCGCUACGGCGGCGCUGUUGGACAAGCUCUACGCCCUCGGCCUGGUGCCCACGCGCGGCUCGCUCGAACUCUGCGACUCCGUCACAGCCUCGUCCUUCUGCCGCCGCCGCCUGCCCACUUUGCUCCUCAAGCUCCGCAUGGCGCAGCACCUCCAGGCUGCUGUGGCCUUUGUGGAGCAGGGUCACGUCCGCGUCGGCCCUGACGUGGUCACCGAUCCCGCCUUUCUCGUUACUCGCAGCAUGGAGGACUUUGUCACUUGGGUGGACUCGUCCAAGAUUAAGCGGCACGUGCUGGAGUACAAUGAGGAACGCGAUGACUUUGAUCUGGAUGCCUAG